CGCGUCGGCGUAUCCAUUGGGGAAGUGUUCUCCUGGCGAACGGUCGUGUCAUCGCAGCCGUGCUAGUGUGAAUAUCCGAACGCGUUCAUUUAUUGUUCGAAAUUUAAAACAUUCUAUUCAAAAUACAAAUGACAGUUUAACGUUUUUAAAUUGAAAUUUGUUUUUUUUUAAAUAUUUUUUUUUAAAUAGUUAACGCGAUAUUUAAUCGGCCGUGUCAUGUUUGCGGUUUUUAAACAUCGAACCUAUUGUCGAAGGCAUUAAGAAUUUAUAAAACAGAUAUCUUUUGUUUGUUGAAACAAUAAAUAAACGUUUCUGUGAUAACGUGGACGGAUUUUUGUGUCAAAUAAAGUGCCGUGAUGUCGUGUAACAAAUUCGGCACGAAAAUGGGUAAAGAGGUGCAAAAACGAUGGCGGUCUAUCCGCGACUCGUAUACCAAGUCGUACCGGCAGGGCAAAUGCGCCCCAGAGCAGUGUCAGCCUGGAAGCCGACGCUACCAGUACCACAAGCAGAUGUCCUUCCUGCACCGCGCGCUACAGAACAGGAAGCCACGCUAUUCACAAGACAAAUACGAAUCUUACUCCGAAGUAUCAAAUUCACCGCAACAUCCGGCGCCGGAUGAAGUCAUACCGAGAAUCAAACACGAGACCAUAGACAAGCCUCUAGAUCUCAAGACGAAACCGGACCCGCCUGAAAAACCGGACACAGUAGACAAAUGCAACCAGGCGACCAUAAAAAAUGCAAAGAGCCCAUCACUAGAAAUCAAAAUUGACGCGAAUUCGAUCCUUCCGGACGAUCAUUUUGACGAUGACAAACUUUUUAUGAAUUCUUUACUUCCUCUUUUUAAAAAGAUGGACGAUGAUACCCGUCUUUUGUGUCGCAUUGAAGUUUUAAAGAUUAUAAGAUACGCUUUACAAGGGAAUAAAUGCUUCGAAGCUUUAAAAAUGGCGGAAGACAGCUUCUUUAAGAACCGUAUUAGCGGUAUAUUGGCCAAAGAGGAAGUGUUGGAUACACCUGUUAACUCUCCUAAGAAUGCAUUGUCUGAACCUAAAUUGUCUAUGACCACUCGUUCUGCUGAUGGCAGCAGACCUGUGAGGAAACGAAGGGCUCGUUCUCCAUCGCCUCUACCGAUGCCGCCCAAAAAGAGGGGACCAGGUCGUCCUAGAAAGGUUCGUCCUCCUCCAUCUGACUCUGAAGAGGAACCCACCGCAAGGAAACAGUAUCCCAAGCUGAAAGUAGCUCCCGUCGAGAUCUCUCAUCUCUCUGAGUACGAUGAGACAUUAAACAGGGCUACAAGUGUAUCACAACUGCCUAAACCUAUGUUUAUGAGGAUGUACAACUUGGAAAGAUCAAAACCUAGUCAAGCAACACCGCCGGCGCAAUCCGUGCAGGUCACCGUCAAAUCGGAACCCAUAGACACGUUCGAGACGACGCAGUGCAGCAACAUGUAAACGUCAGUUUGACAGAUGUCAAAAGUGUUACCAUAUAAAAAAAACUUAUGAACUCUCGUGCCAGUUUCACGGUUUUUUAUCAAUAUUUCGUUGUGUUGGUACCAUAUUAUAUAUAACAUAUGGAUCAAUUUGAAAGUUGGAAUGUAAUUCUUAUUGUCAGGGUCGUAAGGUUUAUAAUAUGAAUGGUGGUAUGACAUUAAAAAUUUAAAUAUUUAUUGUAAUGUCCAAUUACAUACAUCCGAUAUUAUUUCUAUUUGAAUAUCUUUAAUUUUGAAACUAUUUAAAUACACUUCAAUUUAUCAACUAUUAUAAGGAGAUUGGAAAUUCGUGGACAUGGCAACAUUAACAAAUUUAAAAAAGGUUCAUUAAAUGUUGUACAGAUAAUAAAAUGAAUGUUUUCUUUGUUAUUUUGUAUGAAUGUGGGGAGUGAAAUGUGAUAAUUUAAUGUUUAAGUUUUUGAUUUAACGAAGUACAGUUUUAUUGUGAAUUUGGAGGUCCAUACUAUAUCGUCAUUGUUUGUUAGUGGUUGGUAUGUAUUUAGUUAUGUUUAAAUCGUCAUGUUAUGUAAAACUUUGUUUCUUUUAAAUAUUAUGUCCUUUGGGUGAAAUCAGAAUUGCGAUCAAAUUAUGUGUUAAUUAAUUAAUCAAAUUAAAGGCUAAAAACCUCUUAUAAUAUUGUUUUAGUAAGAUAAAAAUGCAUUUUUAUUUUGUACAUUGAUGUAAGUGUUAAAUAUAAGUUGAAAAGUUUCAUUUCUUGUUAUACAUACAAUUUGGCGGAUGAAUUUUGUUUAGUUUUUUUUUUUUAUAUAAAAUGGCGUCCAAAUUUAUAAAUGUCCGUUUUAUAUAGAUAAUGCAUUCCGUUAUUAGAAGUAUAGUCAAUGGUAUAAUGUCAUUGUAAAUUAUAUGUCUAUUUGAAAUAAAUGAAUUAAUGAAAAUGUUACUUUUAUUUAACCUGAAUACAAUUUUAGUAAAAUUGAUCGUUAAAAAAGGAAUUUUUAAAGUCUCUUUUGUGAUUUAUUCACAUCCCUAAUGUCCUAUGAAUAGCUGUCAACUUUUAUCGGUUCGAAUUCUUAAAAAAAUACGAGU